AUCACAGGCGCUCCWACAGAUCUUCAACAGGUCACAACAAACCAGAGACACUUACUUCACCAGAUAGACACCAUGUGCUCAUCCUACCUCUCUGCAGACCUCAGGUUCCGGACAUCGGAUGUUUUAGGAGAACUUUGCGUCUUGAUGCUGAUUCAGAAAUCUAAGGAGCAGAGAGUUCCAGAAAGCAAGAGGUUUUUAUUCCAUUACUCCAGACCCCAGGCUGUAGACGUGUCUCAGGGGAGCUCUCAGUUCCACCCUAUUCUGCAUCUAGUUUCUCAGCUCCACACCAGAGGAGAGCGAGGACUCUUGAUGCGCGCUGAACUGCAGGGGCCCGGAGGUAUCGAGAGCAGAGGCUACUUCCUCUACCGGCCACGAAAUGGAAGAAGGUCUUUAGAAUAUGAAUGAAGAACCUCCAGCUGGUGUCAGGAGACCGAGUCAUCGACAGAACCUCAGCCAGUUCCUCUGCUGUAUAAUCAUCAUCCAAUCUGCAUAUUAAAAUACUUCAUUCAUCCAGAU